AUGGAGGUGUACGAGGUGGUCACUGCCACCGGGGAUGUUCGAGGCGCAGGGACAGAUGCCAAUGUCUUCAUCACCAUUUUUGGAGAGAACGGGCUCUCUCCCAAGCUCCACCUCACCAGCAAGAGUGAGUCUGCCUUUAAGAAAGCCAACGUGGACGUGUUCCGGGUGAGGACCAACAACGUGGGCCUCAUCUACAAAAUCAGGAUUGAGCACGACAACACGGGCCUGAGCGCCAGCUGGUACCUGGACCGUGUGAUUGUGACCGACAUGAAGCGGCCUCACCUCCGUUACUACUUCAACUGUAACAACUGGCUGAGCAAGGUGGAGGGUGACCGGCAGUGGUGCCGGGACCUGCUGGCCAGCUUCAACCCCAUGGACAUGCCCAGAGGUAACAAGUACGAAGUCAAGGUGUACACCGGCGAUAUCCUCGGUGCAGGGACCGAUGCCGACGUCGUCCUCAAUAUCUUCGGAGAGUAUGGCGAUACAGGGGAGCGCAGGCUGGAAAGUGAAAAGGACAACUUUGAAAAGGGAGCCGAAGAUAAGUUCACGCUGGACGCCCCGGAUCUGGGGCAACUCAUCAAGAUCAACAUCGGCCACAACAACAAGGGGGCUUCUGCAGGCUGGUUCCUGAGCAAGAUCAUCAUCGAAGAUAUUGGAAAUAAGCGAAAAUAUGACUUCCCUCUUAACCGCUGGCUAGCCUUGGAUGAGGAUGAUGGCAAAAUCCAAAGAGAUAUCUUAGUGGGUGGAGCAGAGACCACAGCUAUUUCAUACAUUGUCACUGUCUUCACUGGGGAUGUCCGGGGAGCUGGAACCAAAUCCAAAAUCUACUUGGUCAUGUACGGGGCCAGAGGCAACAAGAACAGUGGCAAGAUCAUGCUGGAGGGCGGCGUGUUUGACCGAGGCCGGACAGACAUCUUCCACAUUGACUUGGCGGCACUCCUCAGCCCCCUGAGCCGGGUCUCCAUCGGGCAUGGGAACGUGGGUGUCAACAGAGGCUGGUACUGUGAGAAGGUGGUGAUCCUGUGUCCCUACACCGGCAUCCAGCAGACCUUCCCUUGCAGGAACUGGCUGGAUGAGAAGAAGGCGGACGGUCUGAUUGAGAGACAGCUCUAUGAGAUGGUGUCUCUCAGGAAGAAGAGGCUGAAAAAGUUCCCUUGGUCCUUGUGGGUCUGGACGACCGACCUGAAGAAAGCGGGGACCAAUUCUCCCAUCUUUAUCCAGAUUUAUGGCAAGAAGGGGAUUGAGAUCCCGGAUCUGGGCAUGUUUUAUAAGAUCCGGGCAUGGCAUGACAGAAGGAGUCCUGGCUCUGGCUGGCAUUUAGAAAAGAUGACCUUGAUGAACACUCUGACCAAGGACAAGUAUAACUUCAACUGCAAUCGCUGGCUGGACGCCAACGAGGACGACAAUGACAUCGUGCGGGAAAUGACCGCCGAGGGUCCAACGGUGCGGAGGAUAAUGGGCAUGGCCCGAUACCGUGUGACUGUGUGCACAGGGGAACUUGAAGGAGCGGGGACCGAUGCCAAUGUCUACCUCUGCCUUUAUGGUGACGUGGGGGACACAGGGGAGCGGCUGAUGUUCAACUGCAGGAACAACGUCGACUUGUUUGAGAAGGGCAAUGCCGACGAGUUCACCAUCGAGGCCGUCACCCUGCGGAAGGUGAGGCGGGUGAGGAUCCGGCACGACGGCAAAGGUGCGGGCAGCGGCUGGUACCUGGAGCGGGUGCUGGUGCGAGAGGAGGGCCAGCCGGAGAGCGACAACAUGGAGUUCCCGUGCCUCAGGUGGCUGGACAAGGACAAGGACGAUGGGCAGUUGGUCCGAGAGUUGCUGCCCAGCGACAGCAAUGCGACUCUGAAGAACUACCGCUAUCACAUCAGCGUGAAGACUGGCGACGUGUCUGGAGCCAGCACAGACUCCAGAGUGUACCUCAAGCUCUACGGCGAUAGGUCAGACACCAUCAAGCAAGUUCUGCUCGUCUCUGACAACAACCUAAAGGACUACUUCGAGCGGGGCCGCGUGGACGAGUUCACCCUCGAGACCCUGAACAUCGGAACGAUCAACCGGCUGGUGAUUGGGCAUGACAGCACUGGCAUGCACGCCAGCUGGUUCCUGGGCAGCGUCCAGAUCCGUGUGCCCCGACAAGGCAAGCAGUACACCUUCCCUGUCAACCGCUGGCUGGACAAGAACCAGGCCGACGGGCGUCUGGAGGUGGAGCUGUAUCCCAGCGAGGUCGUGGAGAUCCAGAAAUGGGUCCACUACGAGGUUGAAGUCUGGACAGGGGACGUGGGCGGCGCAGGCACCACCUCCCGAGUCUUCAUUCAGAUCUACGGCGAGGAAGGCAAGACGGAAGUGCUCUUUCUUUCCAGCCGCUCCAAAAUUUUCGAGCGGGCAUCCAAGGACAUAUUCCAGCUGGAGGCGGCCGACGUGGGAGAGAUCUACAAGAUCCGGCUUGGGCACACGGGCGAGGGCUUCGGGCCCAGCUGGUACGUGGACAUGGUGUGGCUGCGGCACCUGGUGGUUCGGGAGGAGGACCUGACGCCGGAGGAGGAGGCCCGGAAGAAGAAGGAGAAGGACAAGCUGCGACAGCUGCUGAGGAAGGAGCGGCUGAAGGCCAAGCUGCAGCGGAAGAAGAAGAAGAAGCGGCAGGGCAGUGAUGACGAGGAGGAGGGGGGCGAGGAGGGGGAGGAGUCCUCGUCCGAGGAGUCCUCAGAGGAAGAGGAGGAGGAAGAGAGCGAGGAGGAGGAGGAAGAGGAGGAGUUUGGGCUGGGGAUGCAGGAGGUGAUUGAGGAAUACAAGUUCGAAGCCCACCGUUGGCUGGCCCGGGGCAAGGAGGACAACGAGCUCGUGGUGGAGUUGGUGCCGGCUGGGCAGUCGGGUCCUGAGCCCAACACUUACGAAGUCCAGGUGAUCACAGGGAAUGUGCCCAAGGCGGGCACUGAUGCCAACGUCUACUUGACCAUCUAUGGAGAGGAGUACGGGGACACAGGUGAACGGCCCCUGAAGAAAUCAGACAAGUCCAACAAGUUUGAGCAAGGCCAGACAGACACCUUCAUCGUCCCGGCCAUGGACCUGGGGCCCCUGACCAAGAUUCGGGUUCGCCAUGACAACACUGGCAACAGGGCGGGCUGGUUCCUGGAUAGAAUUGACAUCACCGAUGUGAACAAUGAGAUCACGUACUACUUCCCCUGCCAGCGCUGGCUGGCGGUGGAGGAGGAUGAUGGGCAGCUGUCCCGGGAGCUGCUGCCAGUGGACGAGUCCUACGUGCUGCCCCCGGAAGACGAGGAGGGUGGGGGAGCUGACAGCAACCCCCUCGACAACCUGGCCCUGGAGCAAAAAGAUAAAUCGACCACGUUCUCGGUGACGAUAAAGACUGGGGACAAGAAGAACGCGGGCACGGAUGCCAACGUCUUCCUCACACUCUUUGGCACCAAGGACAACAAUGGAAUGACCCUCCUGAAGUCCUCCAAGACCAACAGCGACAAGUUUGAGCGGGACAGCACCGAAAUCUUCACAGUGGAGACGCUGGACCUGGGCGACUUGUGGAAAAUCAGGAUCGGCCAUGACAACACAGGCAAAGCUCCGGGCUGGUUUGUGGACUGGGUGGAGGUGGAUGCCCCGUCUCUUGGAAAGUGCAUGACGUUUCCCUGUGGCCGCUGGCUGGCCAAGAAUGAAGACGACGGAGCCAUCGUCAGGGACCUCUUCCACGCAGAGCUGCAGACCAGGCGCUACACACCAUUUGUCCCUUAUGAGAUCACGCUCUACACCAGCGACGUCUUUGCCGCCGGGACAGAUGCCAACAUCUUCAUCGUCAUCUACGGCUGCGACGCCGUGUGUACCCAGCAGAAGUACCUGUGCACCAACAAGCGGGAGCAGAAGCUGUUCUUUGAGAGGAAGUCUGCCUCUCGCUUCAUCAUGGAGCUGGAAGACGUGGGAGAGGUCAUUGAAAAGAUUCGUCUUGGCCAUGACAACACAGGCAUCAACCCCGGGUGGCACUGCUCCCAUGUGGACAUCCGCAGGCUCCUCCCAGAUAAGGACGGGUCAGAGACCUUGACUUUCCCCUGUGACCGCUGGCUGGCUACUUCAGAGGAUGACAAGAAGACUAUUCGAGAGCUGGUCCCGUACGACAUUUUCACUGAGAAAUACAUGAAGGACGGAUCCCUGAGGCAAAUCUUCAAGGAAGUAGAGGAGCCUCUGGACAUCGUGCUGUACUCGGUGCAGAUCUACACAGGGAACGUUCCCGGGGCCGGAACAGACGCCAAGGUCUACAUCACCAUCUACGGAGACCUGGGAGACACCGGGGAGCGGUAUCUGGGCAAAUCAGAGAACCGCACCAACAAGUUUGAAAAGGGAACGGCCGACACCUUCAUCAUCGAGGCGGCGGACCUGGGCGUCAUUUACAAGAUCAAGCUCCGCCACGACAACACCAAGUGGUGCGCGGACUGGUACGUGGAGAAGGUGGACAUCUGGAACGACACCAACGAGGACGAGUUCCUGUUCCUGUGCGGCCGCUGGCUGUCCCUGAAGAAGGAGGACGGGCGGCUCGAGCGGCUCUUUUACGAGAAGGAGUACACGGGGGACCGCAGCAGCAAUUGCAGCAGCCCUGAGGACUUCUGGGAAAUCGCCCUGAGCUCCAAGAUGGCCAACGUGGACCUCGACGCCGUGACGGGGCCCAUGGUCGACUACGUGCAGGAGGGCCCAGUGAUUCCCUACUAUGUGUCAGUCACCACCGGCAAGCACAGGGACGCGGCCACUGACAGCCGGGCCUUCAUCUUCCUCAUCGGCGAGGAGGAGGAGCGCAGUAACCGCAUCUGGCUGGACUACCCCCGAGGGAAGAGAGGCUUCAGCCGCGGCUCCGUGGAGGAGUUCUACGUGGGAGGCUUGGACGUGGGCAUCAUCAAGAAAAUAGAGCUGGGCCAUGAUGGGGCCUCCCCAGAGAGCUGCUGGCUGGUGGAGGAGCUGUGUCUGGCCGUGCCCACACAGGGCAUCAAGUACACACUGCGCUGCAACUACUGGCUCGCCAAGGAUCGGGGCGAUGGUGUCACCUCGCGCAUCUUCGACCUCCUGGACGCCAUGGUGGUGAACAUUGGGGUGAAGGUGCUCUACGAGAUGACGGUGUGGACCGGCGACGUGGUGGGCGGUGGCACCGACUCCAACAUCUUUAUGACCCUCUAUGGCAUCAACGGCAGCACAGAGGAGGUGCAGCUGGACAAAAAGAAGGCCAGGUUUGAGCGGGAGCAGAAUGACACCUUCAUCAUGGAGAUCCUGGACAUCGCCCCCUUCACCAAGAUGCGCCUCCGAAUUGACGGCCUGGGCAGCCGGCCCGAGUGGUUCCUGGAGAGGAUCCUGCUGAAGAACAUGACCACUGGUGAGCUAACCAUGUUCUACUACGGAGACUGGCUGUCCCAGCGCAAGGGCAAGAAGACGCUGGUGUGUGAGAUGUGUGCCGUCAUCGACGGGGAGGAGGUGAUGGCGUACACAUCCUACUCCGUCUCCGUGAAGACCAGCAACCUUUUGGGAGCAGGUACCGAUGCCAAUGUGUUCAUCAUUAUCUUCGGGGAGAAUGGGGACAGUGGGACCUUGGCCCUGAAGCAGUCGGCCAACUGGAACAAGUUUGAGCGGAACAGUACAGACACCUUCAGCUUCUCCGACAUGCUGAGCCUGGGCCCCCUCUGCAAGCUGAGGGUCUGGCACGACAACAAAGGGAUGUUUCCUGGUUGGCACCUGAGCUAUGUCGACGUGAAGGACAACUCCCGAGAUGAGACCUUCCGCUUCCAAUGUGACUGCUGGCUCUCCAGGAGUGAGGGCGACAGGCAGAUACUGCGGGACUUUGCCUGUGCCAACAACGAGAUCCAGGACGAGCUGGAGGAGACCACCUACGAGAUCGUCAUUGAAACGGGCAACGGCGGCGAAACCAGGGAGAACGUCUGGCUCAUCUUGGAGGGCAGGAAGAACCGAUCCAAAGAGUUCCUGGUGGAAAACUCCUCCAGACAGAGGGCCUUCAGGAAGGGGACUACAGACACGUUUGAGUUUGACAGUGUCUACCUGGGGGACAUUGCCUCUCUCUGCGUGGGCCAUCUGACCCGGGAGGACCGCUUCAUCCCCAAGAGAGAGCUAGUCUGGCAUGUGAAGACCAUCACCAUCACUGAGAUGGAGUACGGCAACGUGUACUUCUUUAACUGUGACACCCUCAUCCCACUCAAGAGGAAGAGGAAAUACUUCAAGGUGUUUGAGGUCACCAAGGUGACGGAGAGCUUCGCCAGCAAGGUGCAGAGCCUGGUGCCCGUCAAGUACGAGGUCAUCGUGACGACCGGCUACGAGCCAGGCGCAGGCACGGAUGCCAAUGUCUUUGUGACCAUCUUCGGGGCCAAUGGGGACACGGGCAAGCGAGAGCUGAAGCAGAAGAGGCGCGACCUCUUUGAGCGGGGCAGCACGGACCGCUUCUUCCUGGAGACGCUGGAGCUGGGCGAGCUGCGCAAGGUGCGGGCGGAGCACGACAGCAGCGGCCACUACUCAGGCUGGCUGCUGGAGAAGAUGGAGGUCACCAACACCAGCACCGGCGUGGCCACCAUCUUCAACUGUGGCCAGUGGCUGGACAGGAAGCGUGGCGACGGGCUCACCUGGAGAGAACUCUUCCCUUCGGUCUGA